AUUCACAAGAUGGAGAACACUGCAAGUUUGACGGACUGGGCUGAGGAAACGAAACGCAAACCAAGGAAAAUGUUGCCUUAUCGGCUCGCUUGUCAGGUGGGUUUGUCUUGCCACAACUGUUGAAUGGUCGGGGUGUAUGGAGGGUGAUCAGGGCCAGUUUAAAAUUGCAACACUUAAAUGCUCAAUUGAAAUGCUAAAAUUAUAAAUGCAUUUAUAGUUUCAUAUCAGUGUACAUGAUUCAUGAAACAAUGAAAUUGCAAUGUUACAAUUAAAAUAGCUGAUUGGAAACUAAAUGAAAAUGCUUAAAAUAAUUAUAAAUGGAAAGUGGCUGUUUUUGUGGUAGAAAUAUUUGACUCAAGUAGUCAACUCAAAAAUAUCUCAAGAAACUGGAGCUUGUGUAUCCAAAAAUUAGACUUGUAUUAUCUAAUAACAAAAGCCAAGCAGUUCCAUGGAACAACUGUCUCUCUUUAGCUUAGAGCUCCCUUUAUGCACACACAAAUGCACAAACAUGCUUACAUGGCAUAUACAGUUACUCCCCUUAUGGCAAAUUCCUAACUUAUUGUAGUUCUGCGCCACCCUUCUCUUUCAACGUCCAGCUGUCACACAUGGUCCACUCCAAAAGGUCAUGAAUGCUUUUUCUAUAUGAAGCCUCUCAUUCUAUUCGUUGCUUGGCUCAGGCACCUUCUUAAAAAAGAAUAUACAUACAUUCAUUUAAAGCACAGUUACAUACUGCAUUGGCUAUAUUCCUUAUUUAAGCAUGCAUCUGGAUUAUAAAAUAUCCAACAUGUUUAUUAUAUUUUACCUUUGGCAUCUCCCUACAUUUGCCUUAAUGAUACAUAAAAUAUCUAUAUUUUUAAUUUCACAGCUGCCCAAUUUAUUUAGCAGUUUCUCUUCAUUUUCAAAGUGUAUGCACAUUUUUCUGGUCUCAGGCAUAGUUACUCAACACUAGGCAAAGUUACUCAUCAAAUAUGCGUGGUCACCAUACCACGUCUUCCUGGUUAGUUGUUCGCAUGAUGCGUAACCCCUCUGAUACCUGAAGAGUUGCAUUGGCUAUAUAGCUUUGGUUUAGCGGGCUAAUGUUAUCUUCUGAUGUGCAGAAGACUCUUGUUUGAACCCUGUCAGUCAUAUCUGUGCCAUGGCUCAGAUUGGUCUCAGAAGAGGAGGUCGAAGGAUGGUUAAUUGUAACUGAGGUGUUUCAGUUACUACAUAUGCAUAAUGAGUAGGGGUUUAAACGAAAUUGGGAUCCUAAACUUUAAGACAAAUCCCUAACUGAAAAACACAUUUUUUUAGGUAGAUGCAUAAAGUAAACAGCCUUGUGUGUGAAUUUCCGCAGCAACUAAGAGCGAUGAAGCACAGGGCUGAACUUCUCUGCUGUUUUGGUGCCCUGUGGCCUCAUUUAUAACCCUUGUGUACAUUUUUACACUGAAUAUCUGCAUGCGCCAUUUCUGAAAAGACUGUGCACACACACAUAUUCAGAUUUAUAAACUUGGCACACGACAUGUAUACAUACGCAUAUUUCUCAUUUUAUAAAUCAGACUGGUCAUAAAGCUGUGUGCGUGAAUGAGCAUUAUAACUCUGCCUAAACAAUGCUUUUUAUGGUGACAAUAAAACCCUUUAUUUGCUGUAUAAUUUGUAACUAUUUGCAUUAGGCCAUGGCAUGCGAAAGACUAAUUGUUGUUCAAUAUUUAGUUUAUCAAUAGAUUAUUGGGAUUCAAUGCCUGCCUUGGUAUAGGCUCUGAGAUUAAAUAGGCAAUGAUGUCGCACUCCUAUUACACAGCAAUACUGUAGCCUAAGCUUACCCAUACUGUCAAAUAUUUUACAUACUGUAAGCUACCAGUCUAUUUACUGUGUUGGCAGGAUGUUUUUUAAUCUUUAGCAGUAAUUGAUACUGUAUCUGGAAAAGGACUGUCAGUUUCUGAAAGAGAACAUUGGCAAAUUGUUGUGAACGUGUCAGCAGAACAUUUGAAUUCAACAAUGUUUUGCAUCAACUUUGACUGCCCACGAAUUCUGAAACAUUGUCUAAGGCAGGCUACGAUGUGUUUAAUUUUACAGUACUUACAGUAGCGCCUACUUCAAGAUAAAAUACAAACUGUUUACCUGUUAAACUCUACUGUAUACCGGUAUUAUAAACCGUGCUGCCUAUGAUAUUGCAAAAGUUGAAAUACAUAUAGCCUAUCUAUUUUCUGGCCUACUAGGUCCAAUUAAAUGAGAGAUGCGCAUGAUCAUUUGUUGUAUGGCUCCUUCGAGAAUAUGAACCCGGUCUUCUGAUUUUCGCUCUUCUCACUAAUGCAUGGUAUAAAGUUUGUUGGGAGGUGCACAUACUCAUGUCAAGUAUUUUUUAAACAUUUAUGCCAACUUUUGCGUGAACUGGCGCACGCACAUUUUGGGGUAUAUUUUGUACAUGCGCGCGGUUUAUACAUUAUUUUGGAGUCGACUCUCCACCACUACUUCAUCAUCGUUAACAGUUGGAAAAAUGGCAGAGAAAGGCAAGCAACAGCAGCGAAGUCCUGAAUGGCAGUACUUUGAGAAGGAAAUGCAAACUUUGCGACGUAAUGGUAGUACAGGUGCAAUGCUUAACCAUCUGAAAGGGAUGCUCCGUGAGACCCAAACUGUUGCUGGUAGCUGCAUUGUGAAUUCACAUGGAAUUUUAAUGUAUUUUUUCUUAGUUUUAACAGGAAAAACAAAAGUAGUUUAAACGUAAAUAAAAAGUGUUAAUUUGUCACAUCCCAUAAUGAUGAGUAGGCCUAACCUUGCCUGAGACAUGAAGCGUUGCAUUCGCUCCCUGAGUCAAUUUGCAUACACUGAAAAUUCACAUGGAAAUUGGAAAGUGAUAACGCUUAAUUGGUUAGUUGAAAAAUGAAAACAUCCAUUUAAGAUUUCACUUUGCACAUUGCAUUUAGGGUUUUCUGUUUACCAUUUGGCUUCUUCCAUUGACCAUAAUCAUUUUUGUUGUUGUUACUAUGCAAUUUAAUUGUGGCGUUAAUCAUGCACACUGAUAUAAAAAUGCAUUUAUAAUUUUCACAUUCCUAUUUAGUAUUGCAUUUUCAAACUGGCACUGAUCACCCUCCAUAUGGGUGACUGGUGUGUCUGAAAUGUGAAUGUGUUUUGACAAAUUUGUCAUGGCUGUUAGAAUAAUCACCUAUCCAUAUGACUUAUACACAAUAUACAAUUCUUGUAAGUCAUGGCUAUGAUACAUUAUGAAUGAUGAUUUCCGGCUGUAGGACUGUGGUGUGAAGUUUGACACCAUCGGCAGCUUCAAGCAGCAUGUCCGCAGGAAGCAACAUCAACAGGUGUGAUGUCAUGCAGCUCACAAUUGUUCAAGAUGUGCUUUGUACAAACUGCGUUUCUAAGCCAUGGCAGGCCAACCCUCCAAGAGAGCUACUGGGGGUGCAUGCUUUAGCUCCAGCCCUGCUCUAAUACACCUGACUCAGUUUAUCAAGGUCCCAAGGAGCAGGUUAUUUAUCUUAUGUGUGUUAGUGCAGGGCUGGAACAAUAGCCAGUAGCUCUGCAGGAAGACUGUUCGCCACCCCUGCCAUAGAAACGCUGCCUGUACAAACCACAGCAGGAAAUCAAGGUCUCGUGAUAAGAGAAGUGAAACACAGUGCACAUUUUGUUCAAGGAUGUGCUUAAGUUUGAGACAUCUGUAUUUUUUUAGGCAUUAUAAUUUUUAUAUUGGUGUGUUUUUAAAUUGGCAUUAAAACCACUUGACAUCUUUUAUCUUUCUUUGCGUCUGUGUGUCCGUCCCUCCAACUACAGCAAGUGGCAGAGCUCUUCCAGACAGGUAGGGUGUGUCUGGCUAUCGGUCUCUUGUUGCAGAAUGCUUAGAAUAGAUUUUUAUCCAAAAGGUGAUAAACGGAUAUAGUUUAUUGUUGUUAUACUGUAACCUUUCUAAGUGCCCAGUGAAAAUCAUAUUUUUACUGAUACUCAAAUAAUGUUGUUGACUUGUCGUAUACUCGUAUUUAUGGCCAAAGCAUGAAUAGGAGAAAAACACUUAAACCCAACCUCAAACUUGUAUCUCAAGCAGACCGUUUAAAAAAAAUGCUUGCUAUUUCUUCAUAGAACAUGUUACAGUGGCAUGCGAAAGUAUUCACCCCCCUUGGCAUUUUUCCUAUUUUGUUGCCUUACAACCUGGAAUUAAAAUAGAUUUUUUGGGGGGGGUUUGUAUCAUUUGAUUUACAUAACAUGCCUACCACUUUGAAGAUGCAAAAUAUUUUUUAUUGUGAAACAAACAAGAAAUAAGACAAAAAAACAGAACUUGAGCUUGCAUAACUAUACACCCCCCCCCAAAGUCAAUACUUUGUAGAGCCACCAUUUGCAGCAAUUACCCCAAGACACUUGCAGCUGUAUGUCUCUAUAAACUUGGCACAUCUAGCCACUGGGAUUUUUGCCCAUUCUUCAAGGCAAAACUGCUCCAGCUCCUUCAAGUUGGAUGGGUUCUGCUGCUGUACAGCAAUCUUUGUCAUACCACAGAUUCUCAAUUGGAUUGAGGUCUGGGUUUUGACUAGGCCAUUCCAAGACAUUUAAAUGUUUCCCCUUUAAACCACUCAAGUGUUGCUUUAGCAGUAUGCUUAGGGUCAUUGUCCUGCUGGAAGGUGAACCUCCGUCCCAGUCUCAAAUAUCUGGAAGACUGAAACAGGUUUCCCUCAAGAAUUUCCCUGUAUUUAGCGCCAUCCAUCAUUCCUUCAAUUCUGACCAGUUUCCCAGUCCCUGCCAAUGGAAAAACAUCCCCACAGCAUGAUGCUGCCACCACCAUGCUUCACUGUGGGGAUGGUGUUCUCGGGGUGAUGAGAUGUGUUGUGUUUGCGCCAAACAUUAGCGUUUUCCUUGAUGGCCAAAAAGCUCAAUUUCAGUCUCAUCUGACCAGAGUUCCCUUUUCCAUAUGUUUGGGCAGUCUCCCACAUGCCUUUUGGCGAACACCAAACGUGUUUGCUUAUUUUUUUUCUUUAAGCAAUGGCUUUUUUCUGGCCACUCUUCCGUAAAGCCCAGCUCUGUGGAGUGUACGGCUUAAAGUGGUCUUUUGGACAGAUACUCCAAUCUCCGCUGUGGAGCUUUGCAGCUCCUUCCGGGUUAUCUUUGGUCUCUUUGUUGCCUCUCUGAUUAAUGUCCUCCUUGCCUGGUCCCUGAGUUUUGGUGGGCGGCCCUCUCUUGGCAGGUUUGUUGUGGUGAAAUAUUCUUUCCAUUUUUUAAUAAUGGAUUUAAUGGUGCUCCGUGGGAUGUUCAAAGUUUCUGAUAUUUUUUUAUAACCCAACCCUGAUCUGUACUUCUCCACAACUUUGUCCCUGACCUGUUUGGAGAGCUCCUUGGUCUUCAUGGUGCCGCUUGCUUGGUGGUGUUGCAGACUGUGGGGCCUUUCAGAACAGGUGUAUACAGUUGAAGUCGGAAGUUUACAUACACUUACGUUGGAGUCACCAACUAACUAUCAUGGUCCAAACUAAAUUUCACUUCACCAUAGAGCAGCAUAGGGUUGCUUUCUGUCAACCCAGUCAGUAUUAUGUGUCUCUGAGACAAUAUAACUCUUAAAUCUUAAUUUAAAAAGUAACAGUUUAGGAGAACAAGGGCUCACUGUUUUCCCUUCUCCCUUUUGUCUCUCUCCCUCCCACUUUCUCGUCCCCUCUCUCUCAGAUGAGCACCAAGGUCAAGGUAAGCCAAUUCUGCCGUCUUCAGUUAACAAAGUAGUCAACCCUGGACUUUAAGUGUAAAGACUGGAAGACGAGUCUGAAUCUGUUCUCUGUUAUGGCUCUAUUCCAUUUCGAUCCCUAGCUCUUUCCCCUAGCCCACUCUCCAAGCCCCUUCCUCUAGUCUAGCCCCUACCCCUUCACUGUUCACAAUGUGAAUGGACUGGAUUGAUCUCACUCGCUCUGUGUAUUUUUUUGGUGUAGUCUACUUUGCCUCUAUCUUGGUUCUGGAGCAUCUUGGCAGGAAACCCACAAACGACCCACAUCCCAUCAUCGGUAAGUAGAAGUGUGUGUGUGUGUGUGUGUGUGUGUGUGUGUUCCUUCGUUUUUUGUGUGUGUUUCUGACUUCUUGAUUUGUGUAUGUCCCAGGUCUGUGCCUGGUGACAUUGUGUGUGAGUCCAGAGUGGAGGGAUACGUUCUACCUUUGUCACGUGUGUGAGGAGAAGUGUGGCCCAGGACAGAUCGUAGACCACCUCACCUCCGCUGACCACCUCUCCAACUACUACGUAAACACACACACACACACACACACACACACACACACACACACACACAAAUGAAACAAAACAAAUUACAGACUCCUCUGGCUGCAGUUUAAUUGAAGUGUGUGUGUAUCAGAGCUACACAGACCCUGAUGUGUUGAGUUUCUCCUGGAUGCCUUCCAUGGAUAUGUCGAACUGCAUACGGCCGCUAGCUGUCAAAGAGAUUGACAAGAAUGGACCUGGAGUGCUACGGGUAACUGUGGGUGUACUGGUUUUCACAUUGUGCCUGGUGUGUGUGCUGUGUCGGGCCUACUCACAUGUUUGUGUUUGUAGGUGCUGGACAUGCCUAAGAGUGUGUCUGUGAGGUUGAAGAGAAGUGGCUACUCUAAAGGUACAACUGUCACCAUUACUGCUAUUCAUUGGUACAGUAAGAAGAGUUACUCCACACGAUUAACUAGCUUUUCCCCUCACUCACUCAGUCAUGCAGGCUCUGACUCAGACUGACAGGCUGGCUGAGUGUAUCAGAGGUGAGUGAGCAUGUCCUUUUCUCUUCCUCUUCAAUCACUUCUUUAUCUCUAGUUUAACAUGGACAUGUUUACACCAUCUAUCACACUCUUCUCUCACUCAUCCCUCUUCCUCUCUAGCUGACAGACCAGAGAGGAUGACUAUACAGGAGUACCACAGAGACCCCAACAGGAAACACCCUCUGCUGGGUAGGAACCAUUAUCAUCAAUAACACUGUAGCAGGGGGGAAGAGGAAGGCUGUGACACAGUAUGUCAGUGACCUCAAAAUGGCGUGUACACAUCGCAGUAGGCUCUGGUUCUAGAGACCCAUAACCACUAGCGUUGCACGGUGUACCGAAACUUUUUCGAAACUAUAACAUGAAAAACGGUCCGCUAUUAGAAUGUAUUUCUGUCAAAUGUGUUGCACAUUUGAAAAUAAACUAAAUGUAUUGAACUUGUUAGAAAAUGUAUUCAUUUGCCCAAGCUUAUUGUAAGACAUGAACAGAAUGCAUCAGUGAUUUGUAUUCCCUGAAACUUUCUGAAGGAAUGCCCCGGCUGUGUGUGCCGUGCAUGUAUAUCUACCACUUUGUGUAGCCGUUAUGAUGCUAAUGAUAAGUCUUCAGGUAGAUGGAAAGGCUUUCCCAAAAACCUUUUCAAUUAAGUACAAAUUAGCCUAUGCCUACCUGGCAGAAUAAUUAUUAUUAACAGUGCUAGGCUCAUGCCACUUAAAUUAAAAGGUAACUACACUCAAAUCUAUAUUUCUUAGAAUUUUCCCAGACCUCAAAAGUGGUCUCCUGAUAUGGUUUAAGCGUUGUUGUGGACUUAACACAUUCAAUUUAGUAGUUUUUCUAUAAAAGUGUCUUUUUUUUAAACCUGAAAGAACUGGGAAACAUCUGUCAUUUUUGCCGCGGUAUCAUGAUACUAAACCUUUGAUGGUAAUUAAAAUAUUGAGAACAAGUUUAUGACAAAUGCUUGAAUUCAAGUCUUUAUUUGCCAAACCUAAGUUUUACAUCUCCAAGUAGUUCUAGUACAUUCUGAACAACAACAUGUUCACAAGUCUAAAUAUAAACAUGACAUCAGCAUUAUACACUUAUUCAAGUUCUGUUACUCCUAACGAGUAGGCUUUCUUCCUUAUCUAUCAAAACACACACAAGCAGGGGUGAGAUGGCACACAGGCCCUCUCACCUCCCCUGGUGCCUUUGCUUAGGUCAUGCUGACACAGGCUCACAGGCUUGAGUAUAAUCACAGUAUACAUUUUUCAUUCACAAUGCAAAUAAGAGUGCCCUUUCAUCUCUAUGGUUCCCGUCAAUAGCCAGAGCAUAAACCUGAGGCGAGUUCAACAAGCUUUCUGUUUGCCGUGAACAUGUUGCCAGAGUAACAAUUUCAGUUGAACGAUUUUUGAGUGAACAUUCCAAAAUGUUACGGUGAAACAUCAGACAGCUACUUUUUGUAAGAAUUACUGUUGCUUUUUAGCGACAAUAUUCAAAAUGAAAACGACUUAGCUAUUCUUACUAAAUAUAGUAGAAAGUCUACAUGGCCACUUGAUUAUUUUUAGCGACAGUUUAGACCUGAAACAGACACUUACGUUCGCCGCACACUAUCUUCUCAGACUGUUAGCGGCUAACACAAAACAAAUGGAUUAUGUUAGCCAACGUUCACAAACUAUUUCCCUUGUUGAACACACCGCUGUGUCAGUGACUCCCCCUAACUUCUGACCCUUUACCUGUGACCUGUAGGUCUAGAGCACCUGGUGGAGUACUGCUGUGAGGGGCGUGGCCAAAGGAGAUCCUACCUCUGUCAGCUCUGUCGCCUCCCCGUCCCCUCACGGAUUGUCAUCCAACACAUACUCAGCUUCAACCACCUCUACUGGUACUUCGUAAGUAACUGUUUGUGUGUCUGGGGACUCACACUUGGCGAGAAUCUGCAACCAGUCAUUUUCAAUGAAAGGACAGACACACAUCAACUUAAAGGUCGACCACAAGAGAGCAAGCAACCAAUGUUCUGCAUUUCCCAAUAUUUUGCAAAUUGCAGCGAUGCGACUGCACGAUAGCCAAUCGGAAGAUUGUUCCCCCCCCCCCCCCCCAUGGGUGUAUAAACUACUUCAUCGCUCAUUAUCAAGUGUGAGUCUGUGUAUGUGCGUGUGUGUUACACCCUCUACUGGUAUUUCUUGACUAUGUCUGUGUGUAGAAAGCGUGUCACCCCUCCACCCUCCUGAUGAAGGACUGUUAUAAGGAGUACAGCUGCAGUUUCAGCUCCAUGAUCCUGGACCUGGCCAAUCAGGCGCAAGCCAUCAGCCAGUCAGCCAAUAAGGAGAUACAGGUGAACAAUGCCACACCCUGAUCUGUUGAGACCGCACCCCCAAACCAAUAAUUGAAUCUGACUGAUAGCCUAAUGGUCUGUCUGUUUGUUACAGCGAGUUGUGUUGGAACCAGCAGAGUUCUCCUCAGUGGAGUUUGUCUACAUAGCGGGUGAGUAGACACGCAUACAAAUGCACUCUUUAAAAUAAUUCAUAGAUGUGCCCUAGGGUGGUCUAGAGGUCUAAGCCUCUGCCUCCGGAACACAUAAAGUGUUGCAGCAUGGGGUUGAAACCGGCCAACUGCUAUUUCAGCAACUAUUUCAGCAACUCACACCUUUUUUAAUUUUUUUAAAUCAUACAUACAUAUUUUGAUUCUCAAAUGUGUGUACACACUGCAGGGUGUCUAACACAUAGUCUGACAUAUCUUUGCUGUGUGUAGCUCUGAGGAAGUUGCAGACCAUUAGGAGCGAGCGUAAGGAGGGCAGCCUUAAGACCAGCAUUACACCUGGAGACAAACUGGGUACGUACUGGGAAGGAAUGGUUUCACAUGCUGCCUUGUUGAAAAGCACAUCUCUAACUCUGUUCAAUGUCUAUUCCUUCCUCUGUUUGUAUGACUUCUGCCUCUCGCUCAGUCACCCUCAAAUCAAAGUUUAUUGGUCACGUACACAGUUUUGCAGAUGUUAUCGCAGGUACAGCGAAAUGUUUGUUUCUAGCUCCAACAACGCAGGAAUAUCUAGCAAUGCAGUACACACAUAAUCUAAAAGUAAAACAAAAAGUAAGAACAACAAAUUAAGAUAUAUCAGAACGAGCAAUGACUGAGUCCGGAAUAUAAAUAUAUAUACUAAAUGGUCAAAUGUAUGUGGACACCUGCUUGUCGAACAUCUCAUUCCAAAAUCAUGGGCAUUAAUAUGGAGUUGGUCCCCCCUUUGCUGCUAUAACAGCCUCCACUCUUCUAGGAAGGCUUUCCACUAGAAGUUAGAACAUUGCUGUGGGGACUUGCUUUCAUUCAGCCACGAGCAUUCGUGAGGUCAGGCACUGAUGUUGGGCAAUUAGACCUGGCUCGAAGUCGGCGUUCCAAUUAAUCUCAAAGGUGUUUGAUGGAGUUGAGGUCAGGGCUCUGUGCAGGCCAGUCAAGUUCUUCCACACCGAUCUCGACAAACCAUUUCUGUAUGGAUCUCGCUUUGUGCAUGGGGGCAUUGUCAUGCUGAAACAGAAAAGGUCCUUCCCCAAACUGUUGCCAAAAAAUGGAAGCACAGAAUCAUCUAGAAUCCAAUGGCGGCAAGCUUUACACCACUCCAGCCGAUGCUUGGCAUUGUGGAUGGUGAUCUUAGGCUUGUAUGCUGUAGCGUUAAGAUUUCAUUUCACUGGAACUAAGGGGCCUAGCCCGAACCAAGAAAAACAGCCCCAUACCAUUAUUCCACCAAACUUUACAGUUGGCCCUAUGCAUUGGGGAAGAUGGCGUUCUCCUGGCAUCCGCCAAACCCAGAUUCGUCCGUCGGACUGCCAGAUGGUGAAGCGUGAUUCAUCACCCCAGAGAACGCGUUUCCACUGCUCCCGAGUCCAAUGGUGGUGAGAUUUACACCACUCCAGCCCGACGCUUGGCUGGAGGCUUGGAAACCCAUUUCAUGAAGCUCCUGACCAGCAGUUCUUAUGCUGAUGUUGCUUCCAGAGGCAGUUUGGAACUCGAUAGUGAGUGUUGCAACCGAGGACAAUUUACACUCGGUGGUCCCAUUGUGUGAGUUUGUGUGGCCUAUCACUUGCUCCUAGAUGUUUCCGCUUCACAAUAACAUUGCAUGUCUGUGUGCUCGAUUUUAUACACCUGUCAGCAACGGGUGUGGCUGAAAUAGCCUAAUCCACUAAUUUGUGUAUGUAUAUGAAUAUAAAAGGUGUGUACAGCAGUAGCUAUACAGUGCCUUCAAAAGGUAUUCACCCACCUUGACUUUUCCCCAAUUUUUGUACAGCCUGAAUUUCAAAUGGAUUAAAUGGAUUUUGUCACUGGCCUACACACAAUACCCCGCCUACACACAAUACCCCAUAAUAUCAAAGUGGAAUUUUUUGUUGUUGAAACUUGUAGAAAUUAAUAAAAAAUGAAAAGCUAAAAUGGCUUGAGUCAUUAGGUAUUCAAACCCUUUUGUUAUGCAAGCCUAAAUAAGUUCAGGAGUAAAAAUUUGCUUAACAAGGCAAAUAAUAAGUUGCAUGGACUCUGUGUGCAAUAAUAGUGUUUAACAUGAUUUUUGAAUGGCUACCUCAUCUCUGUACCCCACACAUACAUUUAUCUGUACGGACCCUCAGUCGAGCAGUGAAUUUUAAACACAGAUUCAACCACAAAGACCAGGGAGGUUUUCCAAUGCCUCGCAAAGGGUAGCUAUUGGUAGAUGGGGGAAAAAUGGGGAAAAAAUAAAGGAAUGCAGCUAAGCACAGGCAAAUUGCUUGGAGUUGCUUACCAAGACGACUCUGAAUGUUCCUGAAUGGACGAGUUACAGUUUUGACAUAAAUUUGCUUGGAAAUCCAUGGCAAGACCUGAAAAUGGUUGUCUAGUAAUGAUCAAUCACCAAUUUGACAGAGCUUAAAGAAUAAUGGGCAAAUGUUGCACAAUCCAGGGUAGAGUACCGGGUGUUAGCCGGAUAGUGACAGUGUCUAAGGUUCAGGGCAGGGUACUGGACGUAGACUGGCUAGUGAUGACUGUUUAACAGUCUGAUGGCCUGGCGAUAGAAGCUGUUUAUUAGUCUCCCGCACCCUGGGGUGUAUUCAGGAUCUUUGGAUGUUACUGGAGUGCUUUGUAACCAAAGUUCUGCUGAAUUGCAGAAGGUAGUCAUGUGGUGCCAUCUAACUAGCCUCUGUUAAUGGUGUUCUAUAACUUCCCUCUCCCCCCCCCCCUCCCUGGCCUCAAUGUAUGUUCAACCCGUUAUGUGGCCUCUAAAAGGACUAUGAAACAUGAAUAAGGCUUUAGGUUUCAACUCUCUGAAUAGUACAGUGCCAGAGGACCUCCUGUGUGCUGGGUCAGGGUACGUGGCUCUGGACGAAUGUGCCGUACACACUACCUGACUAGCUCACUGGGAGAGAAGAGGAACUGUUGUGGUAGAAAUAUUUAACUCAAUAUCUCUCAGAAACCGACACUUGUGAAUUCAGAAUAUACUUUAUUACAACGUAACAAAGCCGAGCUGGUCCCUGACUCGGCGCUCUCGUUUUAUACAGUUUUAUGCUUACACAAAAUUUAUAGUCAUGCUUAUACAGCAUACAUAGUUACUCCUCUUUAUGUAAAUGAUAAACAUCUUUCAGUACCACGCCACAAUUAGCUUUCAAAGUCCAAGUACCCCGUACUGUUUACUUUCAGGUCUAUGUGUCGUUUCUCUAGUUGGGGCCUUUGCCUCUUAUCUCAUUAUAUUGGUGGCGUGGCUCGGACACUUUCUCAAAAAAUAAUAUACAUACAUACGUUAAAGAACAGUUACACAAUGUAUUGACUAUAUUCACUAUCCAGGCAUGCAUCUGGAUUACAAAGUGUCAAUCAUGUUUAUGUGUUGCCCUUAUCAUUUCAUAACAUAUGUACUAGAAAAUUAUCCAUACUGUUCCAAAACAACUUUCCCGUUGAAAUUUGCCUAUGUGGCAUCGGUAGUAGUCAUAUAUAUAUACAUAAAUUAUAGUUCAAUCGAGUACAGGCUUAACUGAAUGACAACCGCAACAGAAUAUAAUAAGGACUUUUAUUGAUUAGUUUGAGGUAGGCCUCGUCUCCUGAGAAAUGCUCGUCAUAGCCAGAUGCUGAUGACCGGUUACCCUAUGCUGGGCAGCUGACAUUGAAACCCCCCGCUGGGGGAAAGGAGUUCCAAUGACUGGCCUUAAGGUUAUUAUGUUGGGGGAGGUGGAAGGUCGUUGGAAGUCUGUUGCGGCAAAAAACGUGGGAGACGCAAGGCUAGAAUUGACAUAUAAAUACUCCUAGAUUCAUGCCCAUUAGUUGAAAGAAAGAAAAGUGAUCAUUGCAAAAGGUUAAUCAGCAACCGUGGUGGAUUUGCCUUAGUGUGCCAUGCUCAUAGGCUAAAGUUAAUAGGUGAAUGACAUUCCACUCGCUUGCUAAUAGGAAAGGAGGAGAGAUGUGAUGCUAAACUGAUGAGGUAACAUUGACACUACCCUAUAAAUACCUGCUAUGCUGAAAAGGUAUCAUUAUAACCACUACCACAUAAAUACACACCUGCUAUGCUGAUGAGUGCGAUAGGAAUUCUGAGUUUACUAAAUUAAUGAAAAGUGACGAUCCAUUCAGACCAGCCUUACUGAUUGAACAUUCGUAACUACAUUCACAAAAUGUUAUGAAAAAGGGUAAAAACGAUAAAUUUGGACGUAAGUUAGUGUUUUCUAAAACAAGAAAGUCUGAGAUGAGGGGAAUCUGUGACAUCUCUGCUUUUCUAAUAUUUGAAGGUUUGGUUUGAUUUCAAGUAAUGCCGACUAACACGUGGGUGUUUGUUCGUAAUGUGAAGGGAAAAUUAAGCAUAAUGACAAUUGUGUUAGACAACUGUACUGUGUGCUUUUAAAGUUAUUAUCCAAGUUGAACUAGAACUGGACAAAUCUGGAUUUGAGGAAGGGGAGUAUGAAACAUGGUAAUCCCACAUGUGUUAUACAUUGAAGAGAAGGGGGUGGGAGGGUUGUAUAUCACUUGGAUACCUAUAUGUAUGUCUUAUAUAAUAGAUACGCUUGCCAAAAAAAGAAUACUGAUCUUAACCAGAUGUUCCUUGCCUAAAUGAGCUAAAAUGUAUUUCUGUCUAAGAGAGUCCAAUGCAGGCUGCGUCCAGAAAAGGUCUCCCCUGCGCAGGUCACUAUUGAAUAAACCCUGGGUGAAUGCUUAACAGUUUUCACGACUACAAGAGCCGAUUUUUCUACAACAGUAAGUUUUCUCUCUGAGCUCACACCGACCGUGGUAACGUUAGAGGUUGGAUAUUCAACAGAAAUGUGGCUCUAUUGGUCUAGUUAGGGACCGUCAAUAAAUAACACAAUUUAAAUGGGACAAUAUUUUCUAAAUUCAAUUACGCCAAAUGUUGCUUACUUAGAAACCUCACCAACUGUAAAUUGUAAAAAUUCAUAAUCAAAUAUUGACAUUUCAUUACAACUGGAAGGUGUGAAAAUAUUGUUCCAUGUACAUUGUGUAAUUUAUUGAUGGUCCCUAACUAUCCCCAAUAGAGCUGCUAGUCUGUCGAAUAUCCAACCUCUAACUUUACUGCGGUCGCACAUCGGAAGCUCCGGCUAAAGAGUAACGUUCUGAUCUCACAUCAGUCAAGCACCGACGCUAAUUGGCUAAAGGUGGCUAAAACCGACGCGAAAACAGCCCGUACAGCCUUUUCUUUAAAACGUCCCAGACAGAACACUCACACCCUACCUGAAUACCUGGUUUACUUAAGGCUGGGGCUUAAAGCACUACGGGUUUGCUAGAGCAGAGAGGUGAUCUGAGUGGUCCAAUACAGGACAUAAUAUAUAUAUAUAUAUAUAUAUAUAUAUAUAUAUAUAUAUAUAUAUAUAUAUAUAUAUAUAUAACAGAACGAGUAUGGAGAGUGGAAUGUGCUGAUGUAGAAUAGUCUAAGUAAAGUAUGAUGAUAUAUAGAAGAGAAGGUACUGCCCUCCUCAAUCAGUUUGAGUGAAUGUUUCAGAUUGUGCCUUUUCAUGGCAGGGCCCCUGAUCGUAUCUCUCUCUGUUCCUCCUUCUAAUAAUAAUAAUAAUAAUAAUAAUAUGCCACUUAGCAGACGCUUUUAUCCAAAGCGACUUACAGUCAUGCGUGCAUACAUUUUUGUGUAUGGGUGGUCCCGGGGAUCGAACCCACUACCCUGGCGUUACAAGCGCCGUGCUCUACCAGCUGAGCUACAGAGGACCACUUCUGCUCUGUGGUUGGUGUUUGGCCAAGUGCACUCAAUGUCCCCUCUCCCUCUUCGAUAACACUUUAUUUGGAUAGUCCAGCUGUAGAUUAUCCAACCCUUAUCCUAACCGUAAACUUAACUCUUAGCCUAACCUAACCCUUAUUCUAAACCGUACCGUAACCAUAGCAAGCAGUUGCUUAUCAACAGAUGGUUUGUUAAUGGUAUGGCCAUCUGUAGAGCAUCUAGAUGGACUGUCAGGACUAUCCAAAUCAAGUGUUACCCCCUCUUUCUCUCUGUUUUAGAGUUGUGCAAGUCAGGGACUCAAACUCUCUCUGAUGUUCUCUGUCUGGAUCUUCUUUAGUUCCUUUCUCAGAAGGGUCAAUGCUUACCAAAGAUGUUACCAUGACUACCAUUGCUGAGACUGUUCCUAUGGAGACCAAGUCAAGCCCAGAGACCUCUGUCACACCUACAGCUGUUGAGGAGACUGUAGCUACAGCUGUUACUACUGUAGCUACAGCAAGUACUGCUCCAGUUGUUACCACCGCUACUAGCCAGAGAGGGACCUGUCGACUGCGCUGUCAGGUGAGGAGGAAUUCUGUUCCUCACAUCACACUGUAGCCACAAUUUCUCAUUUACUACAGUGUCCUUCCGUACUUAACCUCAGGUAAAAGUUCUGCUCCAGGACUGGUGACAUGCCUCCUCUCUAAUGUUGGAAUAGUGGCUGCUCAACAUGUUUUCUCUACAUCUGGAAAUACUUAAACUCUGUCCCACGCACUCUGAGGAACAGGAGGCCCAUCAAUUGUGUGUGUGUGCAUCACUAUCAUCUCUGUAUCCACUUCAGGACUGCAACGUGAUAUGCAAGUUUGUGUCGCAGUACAAGUUACAUGUGCGUCACUGGAAACACAAGAAGAUGCUAGGAGAUAUCUUUGGACCAGGUACUAGUGAUGUUGACCACCAACAAUACAAUUCAACUACUGCAUCGUUGCCCAAUCAUACUAUACAUCUUUUAAGAGUUACAUUGUUUAUAAAGCAUAAGAAGAGUGGCUAGAUUAACGAAUCUUCCCCGAGGUUGUCUGAGGCAGAAGAAAGAGAGAGAGAGAGAGAGAAGUCUAUUCUGUCUCUCUCGCAGAGAGAGAGAGAGAGAGAGAGAGAGAGAGAGAGAGAGCGAGAGAGAUGAGAGGAAGGAGAGAGAGAGAGAGAGAGAGAGAGAGAGAUGAGAGAAGAUCGCUCUCUCUCUCCUAUAUCUACUCUCUCUCUAUCUCCUCUCUCUCUCUCUCUCUCUCUCGCUCUCUCUCUUCUCUCUUUCUCUCUCUCUCUCUCAUAUAUUCUCAUUCUCAGGGGACGAGGACAGUAAAGGUGAGUUCUUCUGACUCCAAUGAAAUGUAUAUGUUUCAUAUGUUCAUCUCACCGUCUAGUUCUACUGGCCAUAAAGAUCACUCUGACAACACUCUUCCUUCCCCUCUUUCUGCCGUUGGUAUAGCCUGCAUCCCAUCCUUUACCAUGUAUGAGUACCUCCGGAACCCAGAAAGAACCGAACCAAUUAUUGGUAAAGGGGUGACCUCUUUUCAGAAAAAUGUCAGAAGUUAAUAUUAAAUGUAUAUUAAAUAUUAUGCUCUGUUUUAUCCCUGUUGGGCUACCAUACAUACUGUAAUCUGACGGACUCCAUUUCCCAGGUGUCUAUCUGAUGGUGAUGUGUGUGAGUACUGAGUGUUGGAAAACACCCUUCUACCUGUGUCACACCUGUCAGGAGAAAAUCCCUGCCCAUCUUGUCAUGACUCAUCUCACCUCCGCACUCCACCUUCAACACACCCUGGUCAGUGUGUAUGUGUGUUGCUUUUUAGAUCACCCUUUAUGUGCUACGACUGCUUCUAAAUUAUUUUUCAAACAUCUGUUGUGCUUAUGAAGCCUUAUGAAUGCUUUAUAAAGUCUGUGUAUAAAUUGUAGUUAGUUGAAUGUGGGUGCCCUAUCUCUCUGUGUAUCAGAUGUACCAGAGUCCGCAGCGUCUGCCAUUCGGCUGGGGGACAGAGUUGGGCCUGGAGGUCCUGAAGACUCUGGCCUGGGAGGAGGAGAGAGUCCGAGGAGAGAAAGACAAUGUACUGAAGGUAGGGAAGGAUGGGGGGAGGAGGAGAAGGAGAUGGAGCUAAAGAGAGGAGGGGAAGCUGCUCUGGAGAUGUAAAGGUUUAUGGUUUCUCACUCCUUUUCUUGUCCUCGCUCUCUCCCCCAGGUGUUUGAUAUUCCUGCCAGUGUUUUCCACAGCAUUCAGAUGUUCUCCUACCCCUCUGGUAAGACAUCUCCCCACUAAAAAUAAGAAUAUAUUUAUUUUAUAUAGCGCUUUUCAUUACAAAGGGAAUCUCAGACACUUUUAAAAAACAAAUUUAGGGUUGUGGCAGGUUUAGUCUUAGGCGAUGGUCUUCCACAGCUUAUAAUGUUGAUACUGAUAGUGUUGAGGCAGUUCAGAAAGGUAUUGGAGAGGGCGUUGACGGUACAGGGAAGGAGAAGUGUCAGUCUUCAUUGGGCACCUCGUAGUCUCUUCCUCCGUGGGUAGGCUGGAUCAUCAACUGCCGAAAGUGUAGCACUGCCUGCAUUCAUGUCCUCUCUUGUGCUCGCUCACUCUCAUCCCCUUCUGUUUGACCUCAUCCUCUAGCCAUGAAGAGACUCAAGGACUUCCAUCAUUAUCUAAAAGGUUAGUAGACAUUCAUCAUAAAGUUUCUCUGGUGUCAUAAGAGGAGCAAUCAGGGCUCUAAGAAUGUUUUACUGUCUGUGUCCAUGUGUGGUAUCCUUAGUUGACAGGCCGCUGACGUUUUCCGCCCAUCUGAACAACAAAGAGAGGAAGUUUCCUAUGCUGGGUGAGUACAGAGAAAAUGGAAACAGGAAGCAAAAGGGUUUAAACUAAGUAAAAACAUAGUAAAGACCUGGUCAAAUGGAGGUGGAAACAGACACUGGAAGCAGACCCAGAAUGCAGGCAUACAGAAAGUAGACAAACAAAGUGGACAUAUAGGAAGUAGACCUACAGGAAACAGAAAUACAGAAGUACAAACGCUAUACAAACAGGAAGUGUUUAUUGUGGAGGUCCUUACCUUACCCUCUAAUGGGUAUUAACCACUAUAGCUUUGUGGAUAUAUCCGUUUUACCAUCUGUGCCUCUGUAUCCUCUGUUACUGAUUUAUGUAACAAUAGGGCCUCUGAAUCCUCUUGGACCACUCACAUACUGUACAGUACAGUCUGUCCUCUGAAUGACUUCAGUGUUAGAACAUCCUGUGUCCAAGGGAAUAUGUGGUUUACAUAAACAUUGAGAACAUCUGGUUUACAAAUGCAUUUCGUUUCCUUACCUUAUAUGAUGCUCUGUCCCUUAGAUUUAUUAGUAUUAAUGUUGAAUGGAUUCCAUAGGUUGAGGUGGAGGAGACUCAAUGUUUCUAUACUACUCUUCCUGGCUGGUCGUUAAGAAAAUCUUGAAUUGGUUAAGUGUUUGUCGUUUGUUCUCGGUAUCUUCAUAACCAUCAAGACUCAGAAGUUCUGAGUCUUGAUUGUUAUGAAGAUAAAAUAACAAACGGCAAACACUUUAAUCUAAUUCAAGACUACUUGAAGAGCAUACAUAGCAUACAACUUCGACAUCUCAAACACCCUUUUUUGCCUUAAACCUAUGGAAUACAUACAAUAGUGAUCAUAAUAAAUCUCAAUGUUCCAAAAAGAUAGUAAAUACAUAAUGGAAACCAGUUGUCCCUUGGACAAGAUUUUCUAAUCACUAAAGUUUUAAACCAUAUUUCAUCACUGACAUCAUUAUUAAAUUACUUAAGUCAUUAACCAGACAAUGACGUACCCUCUAUUCAAGCAGGAAACAAAGGGAGUCGCAUGUUUUACCCGUGUUACAGAGAUGCACAGUUAGCCAUAGAGAAAAGUAGUUCCCGUCACUACAGAAUUACCCCUCACCUCUGUGUUCAUGUCAAUAACUAUUUUUUAAUUAUUUCUCUCUCAGGUCUGCAGUUCCUGGUUCAGUACAGCGUUACUAGGGCCGGGGCCUCGUCUCCAGGCUGGGGCUUCCUGUGUUUGCUGUGUGAGAGGAAGUUGUCAGAUGGACUCAGCGUCGCUCACAUACACAGCUAUGAACACGUCACCACGUUCCUGGUAAAUAUACACACAAAGAUAUACCAAUUUGUUGCUCCUACACAACACAAAAAUACUAUUACAGCCCUCUUAUACAAGUCUGUGUGUGUAGGAGCGUGCCUAUCCAGGCUCUCUGGAAGAGGUAGAGGAGUCUGAUGAGAGGAGGAGCGAAAUACUGCUGGACCUGGCACAACAAGCUGAGAAAAUACAUGCCACCGGGCACCUACAGGUAACACACACUCCACCAGACGUGUCCAGGUAAAACACUCCAAGCCACCACAAAAAACCCACAGUUCUACCCUGUAGUGAUGUAUUGUCCUCAUCUCUCUUCCCUCCCUCUUUCCUUCUCCCCCUAUCCCUUUAUAAGUUCAUGAUAUUGAAACGCUACAUCGGGGAGUCAGUCAUCUACGAGAGAGGUCAGUGUGUGUGUGUGUGUGUGUGUGUGUGUGUGUACAUUUGUUUGGUCACGUUUGUGUGAGUGAUUAACUCUGUAUUCUGUAGCCUUAGUGAUCCUGAAGGCGAUCAAGAAGAGAGAGAACAGGGGAGCACUGAUGCCCCUGCUACCACCUGGCAAGAAACUGGGUUAGUUAGAGGGGAGGGAGAGGUGGGAGAGACAUUUAGCAUUACAGGUAGUGAUGAAGAUGGUGAUAAUGUUACUGUUUCUUAGUUCCCUCCAGUUCGAUCAGACACCAGAGACUGA